UUAACAGUGUACAACGGUUGGAGUGCAUCGGAGGAUAGUUUAUUUAAAUUAAAAUAAUAAACUGUAAUGAAAUAAAUAGUGACAGUGUCUAACAAAUAAUAAAACCGCCUUGUUUAUUAAAUUUUAUACAUAAACAAUAACAUUUAUUCAUAAACGUAAAUUACUGGGCAAUGCAGUCGAUGCUAUCCAGGAGGUAUUUAUAAUAAAUAAAAUUAAUUCGUGAUUCAAAUAAAUCGAAAUGGGAAAACUGCUGAGUCUAUUAGCCCGUGAUGAUUCAAACUGCUGUUCGUCGCCACGAUAUGAUAUAUUCUUAGAUUUUGAGAAUGCUGCACCCACUGACACAGAACGCGAUGUUUAUGAAGAAGUGCAAAGAGUUCUUUUGGAUUCUGACAAAAUCUUAGAAGAAAUACAGUGUUACAAAGGAGCUGGAAAGGAAAUACGGGAAGCGAUUGCGGACCCUUCGACUAUAACCCAAGAAAGGGCUUGGCGCGCCGUCAAGCCCUUAGUGGACAAAUUGCUCAGAUUUUAUAACCAUUCGUUGGAAUUAAAACGAGUUGUACCACGUCUCUUAGGUUCACUCGUGGGCGGAUCGAUGAGUCCCACGCAACACUUGGAACAACAACAAGCACUAGUGAAACAAUUUGCAGAAAUAUUGGAAUUCGUUCUGAAAUUCGAUGAACACAAAAUGAAGACGCCAGCCAUUCAGAACGACUUCAGCUAUUACAGAAGAAUCGUAUCGCGCAGUGGUCUCAUCAAUGCAGAGUUACCGCCCGGGGAGGAGCCUCACAUCGGAGCAGAAGUUGCGAAUAGAAUGUCCUUAUUCUAUGCUCAAGCAACGCCAAUGCUCAAAGUGUUGUCAGAGGCAACGAGCCAAUUCGUCAACGACAAUCAACAAGACUUAGAAAAUACAACAGAAACGCUCAGUACGAUGGCCAAAGUGUGUUUAAGAAUGUUGGAAAAUCCUAAACUGGUGGCCCAAUUCAGCCGUGAGGAGACAUCACUCUUGGUUCUCAGAGUCAUGGUCGGUUUGAUCAUAUUAUACGAUUGGGUGCAUCCGUCCGGAGCCUUCUGCCGUUCCUCGUCCGUCGAUGUGAAAGGUUGUGUGAAGUUCCUCCAACAGCAACCGCCGCCCAAAGCGGAACCUCUCCUGAACGCCCUCAGGUACACCACGAAGCAUCUGAACAGUCAGUCUACGCCGAAGAACAUACGGGCCCUUCUGGCUGCGUGAGGACACCACUCCAGCCUUGCAUGUUGCUGUGGGGAAUGAUGUGACAAUAAAAACGUGGGGAUUUCUCGUCGGCAUUUAUUUUGCUCGUUCAUUAACUGUUGGUUGUAGCGUGAUCUCGAAGAAAAUAUAAAGUCAAUCAUACAUUAGUUUUUGAGUAAUAGAAAAUCCACUUAAUUGUUUUAUAAACCUAAUACCGUUUAAAUCAAUAACAAAACUGGCCAAAUUUCAUAAAAAUUUCGCUCGGCUGAGCGUUUAUUUAAAAAAAAAUAAACUAAAAUGUCUUAGGUAUAAAAAAUAUUUUUCAAAGAAUACAUAUCUAUUAGGCAUUUUAAAAUUAGUUAUUAUAAUUAUCUCCUUUAGUGAUGUUAUAUGAACACCUAUUAAGGUACAACAAUUGGUAUAUAUAUGUAUAAAAUUAUAUUUUAUUAAUAUUAACCCCUUCCCUUGGCCUACCUUUGGUUUAGAAUUUACAAUCGUAGCUACGAUAGACGUCAUAUAUACGUGUAAUGCUUGCAAUUAAAAGAACCGUAAGUAUUCAAAAUAUUAUUAUGGGUUCAUCCGGUUUUACGUACGUUAUUUAUCGAGGGACGCUCGACAUGUUUUGGGAAUAAAACGGUUCCCAUCGCGUAGUAGUCGAAAUCAUCUCGUGUAUACAACGUUAGUGAAACCGGACUUAAAUAUUUUCAAUUUUUUUUUAUCCCCUUAUUACCAUUCGCCGAAACGAAAUAUUUCGAUUAGUGAUUGUCAAAGUUUGCUCACGGUACGAUCAUAGUUUUAUAGCCAUCGUAGUUGCUUUUGAUAUCUGACAUUUUAGAAAUUAGUACCUUGAAACAUGUUCGAGUCGCAAAUCGUAAUUAGGCCAUUAUUAAGAUUAUUACUAAAAUAUUCACAAGUACUCACAAAACGCCUUGAAAUUGGACCCUCAUCGCGCCCAGACUUAUCAGAUCAAGCUACAACAAACUGUACUAGCAUAUAAGUAGUAGGUAGAUAUUAAAUGUUGUAGUUAAUGUAAUGAUUAAUAUCGUAAACCUAUUAGAGAUACUCUAUGAAUACUUUUUCUUGUCUAUGAUUUAACAAAAUUUUUAAGCUCAAAACUAUAUCAUAAAAAAAAAAUCGGUAAUGUACAUAAAUUACCACAGCACGGUAAAUGUGUUUAACAAUAUAAUUUGAACAGAAAUAUAUAAGUAAGUAUAGUGUCUCUAUAUUAAUAAUAGAAAGUGAUGCAAAAAUAUAUAUAAUGAUAAAUAUAUAGUGGUAAAUAGACGCACUCUAUUAUAUAAAUCCUGUUAGGUAAUGCUUAAAAAGCAAACUGCAUAACAUUAUUUUUGAGAAAUCUUUCCCUUACCCCACACAUAUGCAAGGUUAGUAUAUGUAGGUAUAUGUGUAUGUGUGUCACAACACAAAACAGAAUUUAUAAAGUCACUCGUAAGUUAGUUUUAUAAAACAUUUGUAAGAAGCUAUAGAGUUUGAAAUAAACAAAGUAUUACAUUAAUAUAAAAAUAAACUGCCUUGAUAUUAAGAAAUCUUUACUAAACUAAAUAGUGAAAUGUUAGACAUUUUCGAUACAUUUUUGUAAAUCGGAACUAACCGUGACAUUGAUUUUUUGUCACAAAAUCAAAUCAAAGUAUAAAAUGAUCCUUAACAUCUCAGAUAUAAUUCUAACAAGAAAUAUAAUGUUAACACAAAUCGCCACAUAAUGAAAGUCGUCUAGACUGCAAAAGACUGAAUUUCUAUACAGAGUCAAAUACUCCACAAAUACGGCUAAUUCAAAAUUGUAUACAAUGUAUUGUAUUAACAGUAAUGCAUGUUAGAUAUGAAGUAAUUCGCACAUUAGUCUUGUUCGGUUCAAGAAAAAAUAACUAAAAAAUAAAUAUCGCCUUUUAAGAUAUAAUUUUAAGAAUAUUGUUAAGAAAUGGAUUUAUGCAUGUACCAUGUACCACUGCCUUGAUGUUAUGUAUCAAAGUAAUUUUAAAACGAAUUUUAUAUAUGUUUUACUAUUAUCUAUAAAUUGGCAUAAGAGGUAAAAAUUAAGCAUACCAUUUUAAGAAUAAAGAAUUUUUUAAUGAAUCAUAUACAACCUAUUAUGAUAAAUUACGGUUUAAAAAAAAAUCAAAAUAUUGUCUAUGAAAAUAAAGACACUACUCACACUCAAAUAUUCAAUGACAUUAUUACUAUUGUUUAGUAUGUAUUAAAGUUUUCUUUGCUCGAGUCUUCCACGCUAAUCUAUUCCUAAUUUAAACUGCACAAUUACAUUAACAGAAUAUUUUUAACUAUAUAAUACUAUUCUAAUUAGUUUUAUUUAAAAAAAUGUAGGUAAAAGCUUUAAUGCACCGUUACUAGCAACUUACAUAAUAUGUUGACUUUGAAAAAUUUAUUGCAUUUUUUUAGUCUCUUAAUAAUUUUCAACUUUGUAAUUUAGCAUGCAUAUAAAAAGUAGCAUAGAUGACAUUAAGUAUUAAAUAUCCUUAAAUUAGAAAAGAUAUAUAUUACUUGCACACUUAGCACAAUAUUGUUACUUAUAUAUUAUAGAUAGAAUUGUUGAGAUAUCUUUGUGGUUCGUUAUUUAAUGUUGUAAUCAAGUACCUACACCUUGUCUGCUUUCGCAUUUAUAAGGAAUUGAUUUGAAACCAUUUGCAAAUAUUAAACCACAGCCUACAUUUAUAUUAAAUAUUUUCCAUUUUUUAUCUGUAUUUACAAUUUUGUUCGAAUUACUAAUGUUAGCAUAGAUUAGAUGUGUAAAAAAAUGGGCCGAAAAUGUUGGUUUUCGAAAUUAGCACAAUAAGUUUAAGCAAAAAUAUAGAUUAAAUAUAAUGAGUUGAUGUAUCCCAAGGCUAUUUAUAAAUCUAAAGAAAGAGUUCCUCUCAUCUAUAAAAAUAUAUCUGUUUUGCAUUUAACUUAUAUUUCACUAUUUUCAAAGUUUCUAUUUAUGUGUCUAAAGAGUAAUAUGAUAAAAAAUAUCUACUUAUUAAUUAUUGUGUAAUAACAACUUAAAUUUGUGUGAUUAUAAAUUUUAUAUGCUUACAAUUUAAUAGUUAUUUCAAAAAUAUUUGCUAGAUAUGUGAUCUGUUAAUAUUUGAAUUCAUUUAUUGAACUCUUAGCAGAAUAUAUUUAGAAAAUUAUAUUGCAUUAUGUAGUCUUACUGUUGUUCUUUAUUAAUAAAUUAAGUCAAUUGUUUUCAACUAAUAAUUGUUUAAGAUGUGUAUGAUAAACCUAUUUUCUUAGUUAUCAUUUAUUUAUUAUAUAAAUACACCAAAGUUAUAAAUAAUAAACAAAUAGUCCCUUG